AUGAGCAAGCUCCCAACCCACCUCCCACGGCCGUCGAGCCUCCUCUGCUGCCGACCCAGAAUAGCGGCAACCUCAAUCGCGUCCUCAUCCUCAUCCUCCUCUUCGCCGCUAGCCUACAACGCCUCGACGCCCGUUCAGAGGACGUCCCUCACCCAGACCCGUGCCGCAACCUUCGUCCCCCGCCCGCGCCGCCCCUACACCUUCACCCAGCUUGUCCAGCUCUCGGACGGGAGCACCUUCACCGUCCGCUCCACGUCUCCGGCACCCCUCGUCCGUUCCGUGAAGGACUCUCGGAACCACGCCCUCUGGCAGCCCUCGGACAAGUCUCUCAAGAACGUCGAGGUCGACGAGGCCGGAAAGCUGGCCGCCUUCCGAGAGCGCUUCGGCCGCGGCUUCGACCUGGCCGCGGCCCCUACCGAAGAUGAGGCCGCCGCCGCCAAGGCCUCCACGGCAGCGCCACCUGCUGCUGCUGCUGCUGCUACUGGUGGAAAGGAUGGGGCCGCCGAGCAGGACAAGACGGCCGCCCCGGCCAAGCCCGCCGAGGAGGACGAUGUCUUCGACAUGGGCGACUUGAUCAGCGGGUACGCGGUGCAGCAGCCCCAGCCGAAGGCAAAGGAGCCCCUCCAGAAGGCAGCGAAGAAGGGAAAGAAGUAA